GUGUAUAUAUAUAACAAGAAAUAUCUAUAUAUGUAUCAAGAUCAGCAGCAGCAAGAAGAAGAAAGAAGAAGAAAAAUGUUGGGAAGAGUAUCAGAGGAGAUGGAAGUGAAAGUGUCGGCAAGCAAAGCAUGGGAACUGUACGGCACCCUACAACUUGCCAAGCUCGUCGAACAGGUGCUCCCUAAUGUUCUCGAAAAAAUUGAGAUCGUACAAGGUGACGGUGGUGUUGGUACCAUUCUCAACCUCGUAUUCCCACCAGGGACACCGGGAGGUUUGUCAUCAUACAAGGAGAAGUUUACAAAGGUAGAUGAUGAAAAGAGAGUGAAGGAAACAGAGGUGGUCGAAGGAGGAUAUCUUGAUUUAGGAUUCACUCUGUAUCGUGUUCGAUUUGAAAUCAUAGAGAAAGGGGAGGAGAGUUGCAUCACCAGAACCACAGUUGAAUAUGAUGCCAAGGAAGAAGUUGCUGCCAUGGCUCCCUCCAUGAUCAGCAUCCAACCAUUCGUGUUGCUUAUGGAAGCUGCCUCCAAUUCUCUCACCAAGAACAACAAAAAUGCCUAAUUAAAUUUAAAGACUGUUUGCACAAGCAUUUUGAUUUCUUCAAAUCUAAUCUAUGCUCUGGCAGUUUUUUUUUUUUUUAAUCAUCGAAAAUAAAGCUUUAUUGAUGAAAAUUCAAUGUGCAUAUCAAACAUUGAAAGAAAACAUCAAUACAGCUGAGGCUAGUGCUGAUCAUAUUGUGUAAUUUCUUAAGUGCUUGUAUGCUGUUUUCAUUAGACAGUUGGGAGUCUUCAA